AUGGCCUCUCAUUUCCACAACAAGCAUCAUCAUAGUGCUCAUACCAGGCAGUUUGUUAGCAAAUCUUCACAUGUUGACAGAUCUGCAUCUGCUGAUAAUAGUGAACUCAGUGUUGAAUCAUUGAUCAAGAACUUGGAGAAUGUGAUAAUAGAGGAAUUGCCUGUGUCAUGUGUGGCCAGGUCUUCAGUGUCCCUCCCUGCCUCUUCUGCCACUUCUUCCCCUGCUGCUCUCCCUCAAUCUUCUACACUUGCCCCUGUGUCUGGUUCCCCCACUCCUGCUACCCCUGUUCCUGCGACCUCUACUCCUGCUACUCCUGGUUUUACUGUCUCUGCCUUCCUUACCAGCUCUCCCUGUUUCAAGGAGAUGUUGCAUAGGCUCAGUGAAUCACAUUUCUCAAGAAUCACCCCCUCUCUCAACAGUGUCAAGAUUGUAAGGAAAAUUGUUAUGGGUUUUACUGUGCAUGAAGUUGUGAUAUUCACAGAUAUUAAGGAACUUUUUACAACUGUAAAGUUUAACAUUGUGAAAACAUUCACUCUGAUGAAUUUCUUUGAAAUGAUAGAUCUGUAUUGA